AUGCAGAAUCAUACUCCAAUAAAAUGGACAGAGACCAGAGAUGUUCUUAUCGUGAUGUACACGCCUGUGCAUGUAUAUUCUGACAGCGCACGGGCCCACCUGGCCUCCUCACUACCACUACCGAGUCUCUACACUGCCGCUACAACUACUACUGUCACCGGUGCCGCCACCACCAUUACGGGCUACGUCGCUACACUCAUUGGACACGUUACAGUAUCGCUGAUGUGCCACCACUACCAAGGUGCCGAGAGCCCACCACCAUCGCCGCCACCUCCUGCCACCAUCCGACUCAGUGAGAGAGGGUCGUGGCUUUGCGCAAAAGUUACGACGGCGCGAAGAGCAGUGAGAGACACACCGCGGAGACCGGAAGAGAACCCUCUCUUUCUGAAGAAGUCUUCCGACAAGAGGAGCGAAAGAGAGAGAAAGAGAGAGAGAAAGAGAGAGAGAGAAAGAAAGAGAGAGAACGAGAGAGAAAGAGAGAGAGAAACAGAAAAAGCAAAAAGAGGCAAGUCGAAGAGAAUAUCAUCAUUCUCAUCAUCAUCAUCAUCAUCACCAUCAUCAUCAUCAUCAUCAUCAUCAUCAUCAUCAUCAUCGUCAUUGUCAUCAUCAACUGGGUAGCACCACCGCGGUAUUCGCGUGCGAAUUUAACCUGUCUCUCUCUCUCUUUCUCUCUCGGUUCGCGAUCGGCGGCGCGCUCGCUUUUACCUCGCCGCCUCGUCCGGGCGCAAGAAGUUUCGCAAAAGGGAUUACAACACGCAGAAGAGAAAGGAGACAAACAGACGGAAAGGGAGACGCGGAAGGGAAAAGGACAGCGAAGAAAGAGAGAGACACACCAAGACGGAGAGGGAGACAAGGAGGAGGAAGAAGAGGAGAAGGAGAGAGAGAGAGAGAGGAACAUACCGCGAUACGACACCCUGGUGUGCGGGAAAACCGCAGGGGAAGGACACGGAACGAUCUCUCUCUCCCGCGGAAGACGGGAAUCCUAGCGAGCGUCGCGCGUGGUGUACGAGGACGAGAAAGGUCGGAGGAAGAGUCGGAGAGCUCUUGCGCUCUCUCGGAACAAGGAGAAAGAGGCGGAGAGGGCAGACGGAUUGUGUAGGACGGGUCUGAAAGACGAUCCGGAUGUGGCGAGAGCCACUCGCUUUCCGCUCUACCGCUCUCCCGUCGAUCGUUACCGACAUUGAAUUCGCGAACGAGUAGUCCCGUCGUCGACGGUAUCGUUGGCACGCGAGAAAUUUCGUCAAAACCGCGAGAUCAAAGUUGGAGUAUAUCAAGAGUAUUAUUACUGGAAGGAGACACGCACACACACAUAUAUAUAUAUAUAUACGCGGCCGAGCGGAAUUAAAAGCGCGUUUAAAAAGGUUAGCGGAAUAAAAAAGGCGCGCGCGCGAAAGGAUAAGAGAAAGGAAUAGGAGCCACCUCCGAGUCCUUGAGAGUACCCAACGGGUAAAAGUGCCGCGCGCAGAGAGCCAGCCGGUUGACCCUGGACAGUCAACGGAGCAGACUUCGCGAAAAAAGUUCUUCGUAUAUGUCGUCGUCGUCGUCGUCGCUCUUCAUCGUCGGCGAAUCUGCUCGCUGUGCGCAUAGGAUUUAGGUGGAUAUUCCCAUCGAUCGGAGAUACGAGAUCGGUAACCCGUUCUUUACGUACGUCUAGUGUGCGAGAGGCGAAACCACGUGUGUGAGUUAACAUCGUGCGAAAGAGCAGCCGGACGGAACGCGAUGACAAGGAGGAUCGGGAGAAACAGCUGACCGUGAAAGGAUACAACCGUUGAAAAUCGUGUCUAACUAGGGAUCCUUUUCAUUCUCGAUCUCCAAGAACGCGUCUUCGCGCAAAGUGUAAAGUGCGAGAUUACGUAGUAAAAGUGUCGGCUGGCUGAUUUUUCUCUCAACAAUCUCCCGAGUAUAUUUGGAGUACCUUGCGCGAGUUUGAGUUCUCUUUUUCUCGACGUCUCACAGCUGCCGAUCAGUUAGUUUCUCUCGUGUUUCUCUCACAGUGGGUGUGAUACAUGCCGUGGAAUAUCAAUGUACGUCACGUGUCCACAACGUCGUUUACGUUGCCGCUGUCACGGGAUCUCGGCUCGUCGUCGCCGGCUCGAAAGGAGGAUGCCUCCGCCUGAUUCGACCAGAUAGUCCCGAGGGAUAUAUAUAUAUAUAUAUAUAUCAAUAACGCGACGCGUUACUCACCCUGGAUACCAUCGCACGUCGCGUAGCAGCAGAAAAAG